AGAAAGUAAACCACGAAGAAGAAAACUGACCUGGGGAGAAAGAAGUAAUCCUUUAUCGGGAGAUUUUUCUUAUAACCUGACUUUAUAAUUCUUGACAGAAUUUCUGAGAGAAAUAUUCAUGCCAACACUCCAGCCAUAGCUCGUUUCCCACCAGCAAAACCCAAAGAAGAGGAAGACGCAAGAGGAGGAAAAAAUAAAGGAAAUGAUAAAUGUUCUUUAGAAGAUCUGUGCUCUCAGCAACCGCUAAUGUUUUCCGUAACUCUGUGUGGAGAUUACCAGCUGACGGCUACUUGCUCCAGUCUGUGAGACGAGCUGACUGCAGUUUAUAUUUCUCCCACAACGCUACAGGUUCCAGGAUGAAAAAGAAGUUGCUGGUGGAUGUAGACACCGGUGUUGACGAUGCUCAGGCCAUCAUGUUGGCUCUGGCUGAUCCCAAUGUGAAGGUACUGGGUAUCACCUGCGUGCACGGAAAUACCACUGUGGAGAACGUCUGCAAAAACACAUUGAGAGUUCUUCAGGCCUGCAAAAGCUUUGAGGUUCCAGUGUUUAAGGGGGUUGAUAAGCCUAUCCUUGGGAAUAGUAUCGAUGCUGGACAUUUCCACGGGCUAGACGGCCUGGGAGACACUCCUGACCCCAAUGCUCCUGGUCUGGAUCUUAUCCAGAAGGAGCAUGCUGUGUCAGCCAUAGUCAGAAUUGUUAAUGAGAACCCAGGAGAGGUGUCUUUGGUUGCCACGGCACCCCUGACCAACUUGGCUUUAGCUGUGAGGAUGGAUCCAUGUCUGCCGAGCAAACUCCGAGGGCUCUACAUCAUGGGAGGCAACACUGAGUCUCGAGGAAACACCACUGUGUGUGCUGAAUUCAAUUUCGCUGCAGAUCCAGAAGCUGCAUACAUUGUGUUGAAUGAAUAUGUGUGUCCCACAUACCUAGCCUGCUGGGAGUUCACCUGCCACAGCAUGCUAACCUGGGACUUCUGUGACUCCUGGUUGGCACAGGACACUGAUAAAGCUCGCUUCAUGGAACGGAUCUUCCGCUACAGCAUGAAUGCAUCCCACAGCGAACGCUCCCAGAAGGAGUUUGUUGCAGGCAUGGGCUUUAUUUCCUGUGACUCUUAUGCCAUGGCAGCUGCUGUGGAUGACUCAUUUAUCCUACAAAGUGACUGUUACCCUGUUAGUGUAGAGCUGACAGGCACACACACCAGAGGAAUGAUGAUAGUGGACACUGUGGGUUUACUGAAGAAGACGCACAAGGCUUUUAUCAUGAAGAAGGUGAACAUGGAGAAAUUUAAGCAGAUGAUGAUGGCUGCUUUGAAAUAGCAUCUGUAAAGGGACUGAACUACACUCAGUCUGAAAGUUUAAUAUACAGUAGUGGAUUUAAAGAAAAAGUAUUGAGACGCUGUAAUUCUUGAACUAUUAAAUGUAAUUUGGAUUAUAAA